GUCAUCCUCCAAGUCUGGAGCUCAACGCAGAUCUCCAUCUCGUCACAGGACAGCCUCUAAGCCCGAAGCUCAACGCAGAUCUCCAUCUCGCCACAGGUCAUCCUCCAAGUCGAGAGUUCAACGCAGAUCUCCAUCUCGCCACAGGUCAUCCUCCAAGUCGAGAGUUCAACGCAGAUCUCCAUCUCGUCACAGGACAGCCUCAAAGCCUGAAGUUCAACGCAGAUCUCAGUCUCGUCGUAGGACACCAGCUCGAGCUGAAAACGAACAAAAGGCACCAACUCCCUACCAGGACAUGCGAGCGGAGGACCUCAGAAGGGAACUCUUCAAAGCGGACAAAGAGAUUCGGGAGAUCAACGCUCAGAUGGAAAAUGAGCUACGACUCAACACCGAGAGGGCUCAGCAACGACACGAGGAACUUCGCCGGGAAAAGGACAUUUUGCUCGCCAAGAAAUGUCGGCUCAAGGGAAGACUGGACGAUCUACGUAUAUUGGCCCGUCGGAAUGAGAUGCAGCCUCACCGUGGAAGGAGCCGUGAGCGUGGACAGUCUACAAGGGACCCCUCGCGCCAAGCUUCAACGCCCCGGGGAGUAUAA